CAUUCUUGGCAGUAUUUACAUGCAUAUGAAUAGAUGGGGUGUAGCAUGUUCUCCUCACACUGCACAGGGUUACAUACAUGUGGAAGCCCCGCCUGCAGUUAGCUCUCCAGUCUCUGCUCACUCUCAGGCGGGUAGGAACCUUUAGCUCUCCGGAACCUUUAGUGCCAGUCCGCGGCUCACCGAGAGGGGUGCACGUUAACCAUGGCAGCGGGAUCAGCUUUAUCCGGGGUGAUGGUGAGUCCUGGCAAUAUAAAGGGGGUGCAGGCUCCACAUUCCCCGAUAUUUUUGUGGAUAGGCUGCUGCUGGAGGGGAGGAGGGAGCAAUCUGAACCCAGCGCUCUCCACGGGCAUCUUUAAGGACUGGUGUAAGAAUCUAAUCUGCCAGUCCAUUAAUGGAUAACUUUAGUAACGGUGGAUGAGGGCUCCUAUCAUGCUCAGCCAGCCAUAUCUGUACUCCCUAUCAUGGAGAUGUACAAUGGAGCGGUUCGUUCCCAUUAUUGAUGGUUAUAAGACUGGUAUUCACAAUAUAUAAAAGAGAGUGUUGUUGGAGAGGGUUUGUUUUUAUAUUUUAAUAUCUAAAAAAAAUAUAUAUAUUUAUAACUCCCUCUGAAUGCCAGGCAUGUGCUAUUUACCUAUGUAAGUGGGGAAAACUGACAAUCAAAUUCAGACAAAGUAGAAUCAGUCACACUUCCAAAAUCCCUUAAAUACAGGGUUUAUGUAUAAGAGUUUUGCAUUAUUUGCACUAAACUAUUCUUAUUGCACCUUUUUUGUUGUUGUUGUUAUUUUAUGUAAAAAUUCACAUUCCUUUUAAUAUAUAUAUAUAAAAGUGUUUAAAAUUGUAAAUGCUCCCUUUUUCCUUCCAGCCAGAAUUACGUUUUUGUUGUCUUAUUUUGUGAACAUAAUCAAGAGGGUAGAAAAAGUGCACAAUAUCUAAAAGAGAAAUAAAAAUUGGAAAGAGAUAUUUUUUUGGGCAAUAGGGCAAAUGAGGAAAAAAAUGUACGAAGGGCAUAACCGUUUUAUAAAUAAAAAGAAUAUGGUACAUGCACAAAAGUGAAAGCAAACCUUUUAUACUUAACACCCACAUAGUCUUGAUAUCUUGCAAGCUUUGCUGCAAGUACUUUCCUAUAGGGCUGUGAUGACUAGACAUUGGCAAGUGGUUGUGGCCUACUGAACAACUGAUUGUUCAUCAUUUGAAUGGUUUUCUAUAACUGUUGUAGUGCCAAAGCCAAGCUACAGUUUUUCUAGGUUUACUUGAAAAUGACUGAAGUUUUAGUUUUACAGUAGCCAUCUCUUGUUGCAUCUAUGGCAACCAAAGAGUUACAUCUGUGUUUGAUUUUGCAUGCAUCAUAUCCAUAAUGUACAGGAUGAUAAUGAGAAUAAAUGAGCAAUUAAUGUCCCAUUAGUCUUUUUGUGCAAGUGGACUUACCAAAUUAAUAGCGAUCAACCAUAAUGUAUGUUUUAUGAGUAAAAACAAACAAACACGUGUUUAAUUUCCCAGUUUUACACAUUUUAAUGUUAAAUUAAACUACAGAAUAUACAGACAUUCAAUAAAAAAAAUGUUCAGUGGUGCUAGCAGAGUACCAUUUAAAGUCAAUUGGACUCUAUUUAGGGAAACAAAUCUGCUUGAGUACCUUUUUAUCCAAAUCCAAGUUGUGUGUAUUCAAUAGGAACUUGGCUCAUUCCACGUUUUAUAACCUGAAAAGUGAAUAAACCCCAUAUGUUAAUGAUUUUAUCAUUAAUUUUCCAGUGUUUUGUAAGUAUUGCACAGUUAUGACCUAAAAGUUCCAAUUUUGUUUCAGAUUACAAUAUUUAAAUGUUUAAUAAACUCCUAAUCCAUUUUAAUGUGAUUAAACACUAAUUUUAAUCAGUACAAGCAUUAACAUGUUCAAUAUACCAAUUAACAUAAUUAAGUUAUAGGUUGUCACAUAUUCUAUUCUUCAGUACUGUUAAACUGUAAAUUAUGACUACUAUCUCCAAGCAAAACCAGUUUCAAAGGCUACAGGAGGAAGGUUGCUACACAAGGUCAUCUUAGCACUGAGUCCUAAAGCCAAAAGCAUUCAAAACGAGAAUUUAUAAUUUAACUGGGCUGUUAAAACAAAAUCUGCUCAUUGAAGUCAUCAGCCUGCUUGAAAAAGAAAUAAAUUAAAUAUAUAAAUUGCAAAACACGAAAUUUAACCAUUCAUUAUGAAUGAUUUGCCCUUCCAAAAUACAAAGAAACUUGAAUGAGUUAUUUAUUUAUAAAAUAUUUUACCAGUAACCAUGCACCUUACCGAAUAAUAUGCACUAUCCAGCCAUCAAGAACAUAUUUUGUGUGGCCUUGAUUAAAGUGUGUUUCUGAUUAUUUGAACUGCUCUAGAGUGCUAAACUACUCAUGAAUCUCUGCCAAGUAGGAUAUUAUCGAAAAUGCAAGGUGUGCCCAUUGUAAAUAAUGGUGUGUCCAAGGUUAGCUUGUCACUUUUUUUUUAUUUUUUCAUUUUAUAUACCUGUAUAAUACAUUGAAAAUUGGUAGCCUCCAAACUGGAAAGUUUUCUUUUAAGUAUUGAUUUAAUUGACCUCUUUUAUUGUGUCAUAGUCACCAAUGUCAUGAACAGCAUUGACUUUAGAUAAACAUCAAGUGCUGGGCUUCUGCCAGAUAUAUACAUUUUCUUCAUUAUAUAUACAUUUAUUCAUUAAAAAGUGACACCUUUUUGUUGCGUUAAAACAUGUACAAAUAAAUAUACACAACACAAAAAAAAAAAAAACAACCAACCACUGGAUGAACAAAACAGACAUUUUCUCUAGUGGGGCCUUGGGACACCUAAAGGUGCUGUGUAUCAGGCACUAGGACUGUGCUGAGAGCACUGCUGAAGACUCAGGGUCAUCUACAUAUCAGGCCAGCCGAGAGGCUGUCUGUGAGUCUGGUGUCAAGCUUCAGUGGGCAGACUCCUACUUAUGGGUUUUGCCAGUGUCGCAGGUUGCCCCCAUUCUAAUUCCCCUCCAUUGCAAACUUUGGAGGUAUGGCAUAGUGUCGAUAUGCAUAGAGCAUUGUGAUUUCCCUGGAAACACGAGUGAAAUCAUUGGAAAUUUUUACCAUGCUCUAUGCUUGCAAGAGUAGAUUGUAUAUAAAUAAAUAAACCAAACGGUGACAGUAUAUUAUUGAAUACUAUAGUUUCUGUACACCCAUGGCAUGUAAUAAUCAAAUUUAUUUUGAUACUAAAUUCAUUGAGGCAUACUCCAUGUUCAAACUUGCAAGGUGCGUCAAAUGUCAUUUAGAAUACAUUCUAAAAAAGAACUUGCUGAAAAAACCCUUUCUAAUUCAUUUCCUGUUAAAGUCAAUGUGGUCUCAAUUUAGCAGAAUUAGUAAGCAUCAAAAACAGAAAUAUGAAAGUAUGUCCUUAAUUACAAGAGGGAUGUACACCAAAUAAAAUGUAUAUUUUUGCUGUUGGUUGGAAAGCUUACAACACACAUUAAAAUCAGAGUAUAAUCAUUUAUUGUAGUCUACAUAUCAAAUAAGUCUAUUCAAUGGUGUCCUGGAAAGACUUGAACUCCCUUUGUUCAUGCUUGCAAAGUACACAGGGUCCAGCAAAACUGGUUUUACUAGUUUGAGCAUACUAGGGAUGGAAUGUAAACCAGACAUGGUUUUUUACUUUUCUUUGCCUUGAGGACACAUUCGGAGUUUGUGUUCUAGCAAUCUUAUAGGAUAUUAUCAAAAAUUAUACUUAUUUCUCAGCUCAACUCUACUAGGAGAACUGUCAACGGCAAUGGUUUUGGAUUAAACCGCUUUAAUAAAUGGCAAUGCCACCAAAUGUGAAAUCUAAAAGGUUUAUUGACUAAAGUGAAAAUUGCUGGAAAUUGAGACUGAAUUUCAAAUUUUAGGCAAUAAUAGCCAAAUUGGGAGAAUUUGAAUGUAGAAUUUUUCCAGUUUAGCCUUAAAGCUCUGUCAACACCCCCUCUCCCCCCACCCCCAAAUAAAACACUAUUUCAUAACGAUAAAUUCUUUAUGAAAUGCUAAAACUGACUGUGUUGGAAUUUUACUGAAAUUCCAUCCCAGUCAAAAAAGAUACUGAGACAAAGUAGGAAUUCAUUUGGAUCUGGAGCUACUGCAGUCAAGUUUUGUUAUUUUCCCUAGCAGAAAAUGGUAUUGUCUAUAGAGGCUUCUGCGGUUUCAUCCAUAGGCAUGUUGUACUCUCACACAUGCACCAUGAUUUUUAUUUAUUUUUAAACAAAUCUGCCUCAAGCAACCUUUAAAGCAUUUGGAGGCAGGGCACAUGUGCAACCAUCACAAUGUUGCGCUUAAAACUAUUCAGCCAUUGAAAUCAGUCCUUUUCUAUUAGGAACCACUCAAAGAUGCUUGAAAAAAGAGCACACACCCUGCUGUUUGAUAGGCAGAAGUAUUUAACCUAGGAGCUUUCGAAAAGUGCUGAUUUCUCUGGAAAUGGGCAAUUUUAAAGUUUGAGAAAGAAAAGAAACUCUAGGGAUUUGGAACGUUAAUUUCAAGUGUCCCACAAACACAAUAAGUUCAGAGCUGUAAUUAGUUGAAUGAAGUCCAGAAAAUGUUUGUUUUUUAUUUUAAAGGAAUGUCAGCAUUAAACUCUGGAUUCUUGCGAUUAAUUAAUACAGUAACAGUAAGUCACAUUUCCUAGAAUUAUGUAUAUCAUGCUAGUAUUACUAAAUGUAACAAGCUGUUAAUGGAGAUAGGAAGAGGUUUGGAAGCUUUUCAAAUUAUUUUAUAUUUUUGAAUAAACGUUUAAAAUGAAUUUUUCAAAGUAUAAAAAUAUCUUAAACUAGGGACACUGGAGGGUAGGAGAGGAGAGGCCACUAAGGGACAGAUGAGGGGGAAGGAGGAGAAACAACUAAAGGGGAAAGAUGGGGGAGGGAAAUUCACAAGGGAUGGGGGAUGGGAAGGGGGGGGUAGGGAGAGCAUAGCAAGGGUCAGGGGAAGCAUUAAGAGUCAGGGGGGCAGGGGAGAUCACUAAGGGUCAGGUGGGGAGGGAAGAUCACUAAGGGAUAGGAGAGCACAAAGGCACAGGAGGGGAUAGGAGAGCAGGAAGGGACAGGAGGGGAGAACACUAAAAGAGGGGAGGGGUGAGUUCUAAGGGACAGGGAGAGAAGUGGAGAUGAGACCACUAAAGAACGGGGCAGUGUAAGACACAUAGAGAGGCUGAGGAAGGGUGAAAGAGAAGCACAGAAGGGCUGGUAAGGGAGACAGAGACACACAGAGGGGCUCAGGAGAGAGACACACAGAGUCGCUUGAAAGACACACACACACUGCAUUACAUUACAUACAAAGAAAGACACCUUGCAUCCCUUACACAUACACCCAGAAACACACAAUGCAUUCCUUACACACGCACUACAUCUCUUACACAAACUGGUAUCCCUAUACACUACAUUCCAUAAGAACACACACACAUUACAUCCUCUACAAUAACACAUUCCCUACACACAUACACUCAUGGGUGGGCCUUUCUGGCCCUAGGGGCCCAGACCAUGAUCUGUGUAAGGGCCCCCCAAAAAUGGAGCUGCUUCCGGUUUGUUGAUUUUUGUGAGCACUGCCUCCAGAGAGCCUGUUUUAACACCAGACCAGUGGAGCAAGACUGGAGCCUGACCCCAUCAUCAUCCUCUUGUCCUCAUCUGGUGGUAAGUAGGCAAUCCAGUAUAUUAUUAGUGGCACUAAUCUUUAAUUUAUCUCACAUUAAAGGACCACUACAGCUUAAUGUAGUGGUUCUGGUGUCUAUAGCCUGUCCCUGCAGGCUUUUCUAUUUAAACACACUGCCUUUUCAGAGAAAAGACACUGUGUGCAGCACUGGGGUUGGUUCAAAUGGCAGAUAAUAUAGGUGGGGCAUUGUGAUGUCACGUUGGGGGGAGGGGGGUUGGUGGCGGCAAAUUUUUAUUUGCCUCGGGCGGCAAAAAUCCUUGCACUGGCCCUGUAUGAAUGUUUAUUUUUUUCAUGUUGUGUUAGAUUUUCCAUAUUGCAUAUAAACUUGCUGUAAAUGAGCACUAUAGUAUUAGGAAUGCAAACAUGUAUUCCUGACCCAUAUAGUGCUGGAAUACAUGUUUAUGUCCCCAGUCCACCUCUCUGUGGAGUUAAAAGGUGAUUACAUUUUUCUUUCUUACGGUCCUAGUCUCCCUAGGCCAAGAUCAUCAAUAGGAAAGCAUUGGGAGGCUAUUGUGCAUGCGCGGCAAAACACUCUGCACAAAUCAGCAACUCCUCAUAGAGAUGCAUUGAAUCAAUGCAUCUUUACUAGGGCGUUCAGCUGAACAUAUGUGCUGCCCACUAUGGAGCACUGGACUAGGAAGAACCUCUAGAGUGGUGGUAGAGAUAAUAGUGUGAAACAAAAAAAAAUAUAUUGACCUUUACCUCUCCUCAACACCGCCACUGUGAUGGUGAGGAGUAAAGAGGCAAGCCUUUAGUGAGUGACGCAGAAGUGCCUUUAGUGGCUAUCAGUGUGUCCUCUACUAGAGAUGGACUUAACCCUGCAAACAAUUAAAAACCACUGAAAAAUUAAGAGCUGUAAUUUCUAAAAUUGAUUGAGCCUGAACAUUGCACAAGGUUAUGUACUUAGUGGGGUUUACCACCAACUGAUUGUGACAACAGGAGAUGCUCCGUUUGUUAGACACAUGACUGUAAUGUGGCAAACAUUUAGAAAACACAAAAAUCUAGCAUAUUUUAAGGAGUAUUUACAAUAUUCAGCUGAGUAAUUUUUCAAGGCAUUUUUCCAUUUAUCCAAUAUCAUAAGACUGCUGCAUACUAACUAGAGCAAGCAUGUCAAACUAGCGGCCCAUCUGCCCUGGUGCCGCUUUGUACUGUGGCUGCGACCAGCCGCAAAACAUUAAAGAUAUUUCCUGUCUACUUCUUGUCUUUCCUCCCACGGCCACAAAAGGGCAGAGUGGCUGUCUGUCUGCAGAUCAGGCCAGUCACCCCCCCUCCCUCUUGCUAGCAGUGCCAGAGGAGCGUCUGGCCUGCUUGCAGAGAAGAGCAGAACUGGAAUGAAGAAUGGGUGGCUCAUCUUAAGGUAGGAGAAGAGGGGCUUGGGGGACCUUCCUGUGUAGUGUGUUAAAUUGGGGGAUGGAGUGGAGCAGUGUAUUAAUUUGGGGAGGGAGAGGCAGUGUAUUAAAUUGGGGAAGGAGGAGGCAGUGUAUUUAAGUGAUAUGGGGGCAGUGUGUUAAAUUGGGGGAGGACGGUGUAUUAUAUUAGGUGGAGGGUGCAGUGUAUUAGAGUGGAGGAGGGGGACAAUGUAUUGGAUUAGUGGGCAAUGUAAUAGAAUGGGGGGAGAGGGCAGUGUAUUAGAUUGAGUGGAGGGGGCCAUGUAUUAGAAUGGACUGAGGAGGGCAAUGUAUUGGAUUUGUGGGCAGUGUACUAGAAUGGGGGGAGGCGGCAGUGUAUUAGAUUAGGUCUGCAUGGAGGUGCUGAAUGCUCUUUUUGCCACACAUGCACAAUAGCCUUCCAAUGCUUUCCUACAGGAAAGCAUUGGAUUGGCUGAGAUCAUCAAGUUUGAUGAUCUCAGCCAAAGUGAAGAACACUCAUAGGACUUCAAAAUCAACAAGAUAAAAUAAUUAGUUUUUUUUUACAGCUGUGCAAAAGCAUACAUUCACCAUUUCAGUCCCAUUACUAAACUUUUCUUAAUAUGUCAUGGUAGUUGGACUGAAACAUUGGUUAUAUGCAAAUGCAUGUCUCCUUAAAAUAAAUUAGCUCUUUUAUUUACUUUGAAGCCCUUCGAGCGUGAGGACAUCUAGUGUCAGGCAACUUUUUAUACUGUACUUUUCUAAAUAAACCUUUGUUUCUAUGAAAACUGAAGUUUUAUUUUUUAUUUUUUUUGCGGCCCACAUAAACUUAAACCUUGUUUAUUUGGCCCCUGUUAGCCUUUUGAGUUUGACACGCUUAACCUAGAGGAAAUGAAGAUUUUGAGUUUGACAUGCUUAACCUAGAGGAAAUGAAGACUGAGUUUAUGGAAACAGCUCCACCAUGAGGACUUACUACCAAAGUGCAUCAAAGAUGCACUUUUGAGAUUUCCAAUGCUAAUGUUAUCUAUGAUCCAAGCCAUUGUUUUAGACUGAUUUAAUAUCUCAACAACUAAGAGAGCUUUACUGCCUUUUUUGACCCAUUAUUGCAUGUAAUUUGCCAGUAAUAUCGCAGUAUAGAAGAAUUUGCUGCAUGCCAUAAUGGGGUUAAAAUGCUUCAUACACAGAACAAUCUCUUUCUCCAACACUAUAUGAUUACUUUUCUUCCCCACCUGAUUAAUUCCUAAUUUAGCAUCACUUCCCUCUGUCCUAGCGCCUGUAUAUUGGUUGAGCACCCUCUUUUACAAUAUUACAUGAGUGUACCUUCUAUCCCAUAAAUACUGAAUGCCCCUUCUCAAUAAACUUCCUAUUCCUAUGCAGGGGGUUCUACUCCAAUCUGCUGCCUGCUUCUGCACUGGUAAAGAGCAUUACAUGCCUUGAAGCAUCCCGUACUUAAUUGGAACUUCAGCACCGUUGGAUAUGUGUAGGCUGACACCUAGAUCUACUCCAUAGGUCUCUGAAUGUCAGGCUUCAUUACUAAUUAAUACCCUGCAAGUUCCAUCCUUUAUUGAUAAAAGUCAAAGCUUACAUUUAAUAGUCGACAAUAAACACAAAAAAGGAAAGUUAUCAAGAGGUACUAUUUUGUGUUCAAAGUUCUAAAUGUUGAUAGACAUUGAAUUGGUUUCCAUGGUGUUUGAACCUCAAUAUGGUAAUUGUAUUUGCCUUGAUACCAAAUUAUUUAUUAUUUUGUUAAAGGAGCACUCCAUUGAUUGUUUUUUUUUUUAAUUUAGUAAUGUGUUUCACAAACAAAACAUGCAUGUAGUUUUUAUUUUUUUGCAUGUUUUGUUUGGGGUAUACGAAAAAAAGCUUGUAAAACAUGCAGAUCCAUUAUCUGCAGCCAUUGUAAGCCCUCCCUUCUUUUCCCAUCACAGAUUUCAGUCUCAUAUUAGCAGGAGCUAAUAUACACAAUCACAGCUUUCCCAUGCUUCUCAAUGUAGUACAGCCAACUGAGAUGGGGAGGGAUGGGGGACAGAAGCGGUCUAUCCCAGUGCGGCUUUUGCUUCUGUUAGCUCUGUGAUGCUAAUGCAAUUGGAAGAAAGCUUACCUGGCUGUGUUAGUGAUGCCAUGAAUUUGUUUCUGCCGUAAAUUAUAAAAGUGCUGAUUUUUAUUGAAACCAGCCCUUUUAUAAACUGUCAUAAAUUUGACAGACUCCAUUGGAGUUUUCCUUUUUAUCCCAUUGUGCAGCGCUACAGAAUUUGUUGGCGCUAAAUAAAUGGUUUGAUAAUAAUAUUUAAUAUAACAAAUGUGAGCCUAAGUCCAAAAUGUAGAAUAUUUAGCAGGAACAUUUUAUUGGUUUCCAUAGUGUUUGCACCACUUAGAACUUUACCCUAAGAUUGCUUGUUUAAAAAAAGAAAGGGGGAAAAUAGUCAGGGUUAUUUAAAAAGUGAGCAUUCAAAGUGUAUUUCUUAAUUCAUGUCAUGUGUGGACAGUAUUGGCUUUAUAAAUAAAUGGUGCCUGAAUGUUACUGAUUGUGGCGGUCCUAGUGCACGGGUAGGUAACCUUCGGCUCCCCAGAUGGAGUCUGACCUAAUGUAUGGUAACAUAUCCAGUGCAUAUUCAAGGCUAGUAAUACCAUAAUGUAAAGACAUAUUAAAAAGGGGACAGUGGUGCUCAGUGUCCUCUUUGUAAACAAACACAACUGUAAUAUUUUUAACAGUUGGUUUCACUUUUUAUCAAAAACAGCCAACAUAUUAACCUGAUUUUUAAUGGUUACUGUUUUGUUUUGCAAUUGUAAGGAGAUAUUCCUUCAGCUGUCAGAUGCAGAUGGUGUAGUUUAGGUAGAGGCAUAUAGUGGAAUUAAAAAGGCAGGUAGAUUGACAUGAGGAAAAAAAUAGUCGAUCACAUUGUGCUAAAGUGGUAAUGUUGCUUGUCCCAGCACCCUUAACCCUGGAAAGGUAAUUUUUGCAGUUUUUAAUAAACAAUAAUACUUCUGGAUCGUUUGGCGACUUUUGGUCACCUAACUGACGCUGGACGUCCUUACACUAUGCAUGAGGACUUCCAGCGUCACAGGAAUCCCCCUAGGAAAGCACUGAAUAUAUUGCUUUCCUAUGGGGAAAUCCUAAAGCUAGCAUGACCAAUUGAGGAGCAGAGGCAGACUGGAGCCAGCGCAGAGGGACACUGCGGGGAAGGGGGCUGGGGGAGAAGGUGGGCACUAUAGGGAGCUAUUGUUUUCAGCUUUGUUUUCCUGGCACUAUAGUUUCCCUUUAAGUAUGAAUGAUUCUUCCACCUGAUGACAUUCUUUAUCCGAGAGAUAUUCCCAAUAUGUACACUGGAGGGCACUCUACAAUUAUUCUACAUAAUGUGAUGGUUCCCAAAAGGAAAUUUCUGCUGCCAAAUCCAAUCAUGACAUUCUGUCAUCAUAUUAUAUCACUGAACUGCUCCUGGAUAAUCACACACUUGAUCAUACAGUGCACAGAUGUGUGCAUGUGGAGAUCAUGCAGGGUUCUUUUUAAACCUUUUAGUUGGAGGAAUACCCUGUAACAUAGAGAUUAUAUCACAUUGUUUAUAGUGGAUGUUUGACUGUGACAUAUGCAUACCUUCCAGGUGUCCCUAUUUAGUAGGGACAGUCCCUAUUUUGACCCUAAAUCCCUCUGUCCCUCUUUUCUACAAGCUCCAUAAUGUGGGUGUGUCUGAGCGUGUCACAGAGCAGCACGGCAAUAAUACUCACAGUAAUAUGUCUUUACUCUACAAUAAAUGUGUUUAGAAAUCAGACUGUAAAUGAGAUACAUUGUUCUUGGUCUAAAUUACAUUUUAGUUGCGUAAAUUAUUAUUUUCAUAACCAGACUCACACCCCUAAAAUGAAGGUGUCCCCUUUGUCAAUUUGAAAUGUUGGAAGGUAUGUAUUUUCUAUAGUUGUGGCCUUGCUCACAUUAACAGCUGUGCACAUCUAAUCAGACAGUGUGAGGCCACAAAUGUGGCCACAUUGAUAUAGAAAAUUGCGUAAUAGAAAAAAAAGAAGAGUUUUAGACGGAGUGUACUUGUACUUACACAGUUGGUUGACAUGCAUUGGUUGUAGAAUUUAGCAGAUACUGAUAUUUUAAAGGCAGGCUUUAAACAAAAAUGCCAAAUACUUUAAAUGGACUACAAUUAGUACAUCUUACUAUAGAAUAUAUAUAAUGAAAAUGUAUAAAUACCUACACAAGUUCCUUGCAACAAACGACUACCGUGUUUCUCCGAAAAUAAGACCGGGUCUUAUAUUAAUUUUAGUCACAAAAAACACACUAGGGCUUAUUUUCAGGGUAGGGCUUAUUUAUUUACGGUACCGGUAUGUACAUUGAACAACAUUUAAACAACUUUUCUCCACCCCCUUUAAUUAAUCCACCCCCCUCUUUAAUAAAUCCACCCCCCUCUAAUUAAUCCACCCCCCUCUAAUUAAUCCACCACCCUUUAAUUAAUUCACCCCCCCUUUAAUUAAUUCACACCCCCCUUUAAUUAAUUCACACCCCCCCUUUAAUUAAUUCAGUCCCAGACAUAAAAUAUCUACUCACAUUUCAAAGAUUCCUUGCCCGCCGAGUCCGACCACUGGGUGCCUCACCGCCCGGAAAUGGAUCCUUCCGCUGAAGAUCCGUGAAGGCAGACUGACGGCGCUGCGAAAGGUCGUCAUCACGUUGCGCGAUGCCGCGGCCCGCAACGCUUUUCCCCCCCCUCCUCAUACGGUAGAAGAAGGAAGUCUCGCCAGGCCGCAAAGGUGCAAUGCCUAGGUCUUAUUUUCGGGGUAGGGCUUAUAUUGCAGCCCACCCCGAUAAUCCGGCUAGGGCUUAUUUUUGGGGUAGGGUGUAUUUUCGGGGAAACAGGGUAGCUGCUCAGACUACAACUCAACUUAUUUUUCUUUUCCUGAGGCUUGCUGAGAAUUUUGGGGGUUGUAUUCCAACAUCAGCUGUUGCAUCACAGUAUGUCUACUGUCUAGUUCUGAUUCAGCACAUUGGGUUUUAUUCAAUAAACACCAAAUCGCAGUGAAUUGAAAAAUAAAAAUGCAAAAGUGAACUAAAUAGCCACUUUUGUAAUUUGAUUUUCAAUCCAAUAAUAUUUGGUGUUUAGUGAAUAAACCCCAGAAUAUAUUUUUCCUUAUCUAUAUAUGUUUACACAUUCUUGUUGCAUUUUCCAUACAAUCUAAACUUGGAUGAUGGAAAACUGAGGAUUAGUGUAUCAAAAAAGUACUUUUCCAAAAUGCAAGUGGAUACAUAAAAUCCACUCUCAGUUGUAGAAGUAAAUUCGUAAUAGAAUAAAUUCAUGCAAGAUUAUAUAAGAUGAGUGCACAAAUCUUUCAUAAAAUAGAAAAAAAAAAGCAAUAACUGAGUUUUCAUAAUGGCCAGAGUAUCUGGGCCAGGUGGUCAUUGUCUACCAGCACACAAUCUGUUAUUUAUAUGGUUUUUAUCCUAAAUGACUCACCUUCUUGGUUUCUGUAAAGCUUCUUCUGUGGUUUAAAAAUGGAUGUGUCAGUAGCCAGAGACUUAAAAAUGGUCUCUACAUCAGGUGUCCAGGUGUAAAAAUACAAUAACUUAAAAAGUACAAACUCUGGAUAUUGGUAUUCUCAGUGCUGUGUAUUCCAGACAGAUGCAAACAUGACUCAAUCCUGCUAUAGAUGAUCCCCCUCCCUCCAGAAACACUAAACUAACAUCUCCUAUCUCUUAGGGUCCAAAGUCCAUUGCCAGUGUAAAGGAUCAACAUAGUCCACUGGCUGAUUGGCUAUAAAAGGGGAAUGUCCCUUCCCAGCCCACCUUGAGGAGGAGCAUGUAAGACAGGGUCAGCUUCUCACGCUAUUAUUUUAGCUGAGUUUUGCAGAAAUGCUAAUGAGGCCCCUCGCCUUUUGUACCCAGUCUGCCAGUUGCUCGUUACCUUGCUGUGCUGCUAGAAUGACAAUUAAAGACUGUUUAAUGGCACUGCAGUUAAUCCUCCUGGAAACCUGCUCUAAAUCGCUUAACUUCAACUAGAGUUGACAUUUAUAGGCGACAGGGGAUUCUUUAUUUAUACUUAUCGGUUUUACACCUUAUGACACAUUAGUUGCCAAUUAAGAGAAUUUAUGGAGUCUAUCAUCUCUUUUUUUAAAUUUUUAUUUAUUUAUUUAACAUUGGAUGUUAUUCAAUUAUUUGCUUGUAAAGUAAAAUAAAAUGUGUGGCAUGUUCUGUUGCGUAUCGUACUUUACUGGUCACACCAAGGAUAGUGGGAGUUGAUUUGCCAAAAACAACAUUAUUUUUUAAUUCUGGAUUGAUAUACAAAGCCUAAGUGCUAAUGUACAUGCAUUUUGUGUGUGUGUACUCAGAUAUACUCUGCAGUCAUAUUACAUGCUCUUUAACACACAAGAAAAGUAAAACAGGUCAUUGUUUAUUUAAUACAUUUUCACUCUGAAACCACAACCACCUUUCGAAAAGACCCAUUUAAUACAAAAACGUAUAGUUUUCAUAUUAUGCAUUUUACCUAAAAGGCACCCUGUGGGUACUUAUUAUGUUGCAAGGAGUUUCACAUCACUCUUUCUCCAUAAUGUCUAUAUUGAUUCGCAAAAACUGACGCUAAACAGCAUAUGUGAAGUUGUAGGUAAACACUUGGCUAUCUUCUGAUGGUGAAAGCUUCAGACAGCAUAUGCAUGCCAUUUUCUUGUAAGUAACCUGUAUGGAUGGUUAUAACUCUGUGUGAGAGAACCUGUACUGCACCUAUUAAAAUAUAUGUAAGAGGAGUUGCUUAAUCGACUAAAAGAAACCAGGCAGUGCCUAGUAUUAGGCUAGUCUCAUUCAUGUUUUUCCAGGAAUGAAGACUGCUGAUCUGCAUAACAUAUGAACCUCUGUUAGGCAAGGGUUUAUGAUAUGGAUACAGCUCCCAUUUAUAAAAAUAAAAUAAAAUGAAAUCUACGAUUAUCAAUAGACAGACAAUUGUUUUCCAUCAUUGUGCUAGAUUUAGUUUAGAAAUAGCUUAUCAGUGAUUACCUGUUCUUCUGUACACUGUGAUGUGUUAAUUCAAGGUAAAAUAGCCAGAGUGAAAGAAAUAUCUAAGAAGCAUGUUCUAGUUUUGGUAAUCUAAAAAAAUGUUAAAUUCUCUAUGAAUAACCCUUUAUGAAUUCAAGGGUAACAAGGCAAGCUUAUAUUAUACAAAGACCCGUAUUCCUUUUAAGUGCUAGCUAGCGCUCAAGUAAGUUGUAGCCCUUUCUUAUGCUUUAUACUGAAUCAUAAAGGCUAUGCUGUGAAAUUGAGCUGACUGUGUAGUUAUUAUGCAUAUUUCUCUCAUACUUUUAGGCAGAUGUAUUUUACUUUUCCUUCAUAAAGAUUGAAGAUUCUGUAAUUUUCAGCAUCAUAUGAGAGUGCCUCAUUGCUCCUAAAAUGGCCAUAAAUUAUUAGCAGACAGCUGCACAGUUUUUUUUUUCUUGUUAUUAUUUAAUGUUCUAUUGUUUCUCUCCGUAUAUAGAUUUGGGGCAGAAAAAUCCUUGCUGUACAGCGGAAUUGGUCUUGUGUUUCCUGGAGAGCUGCAAGCACUAUAUUUAAGGUGAGAACUCCGUUUUGUUCUAGAGCAACACAAAGUGUGAACUUAUAGUUAAUUUCCAUGAAGGCUUAGAGUGGGUAGUUGCUUAACUUAUUAUUAUUAUUAUUAUUAUUAUUAAUAAAGUGCCAACAAUGAAAGCCACAGCUUUUUAUUUCAUAUUUAAUUGAUGUUGAAUUUUCCUAAUUCUGUCUUUAUUGGAAACCUAGAUUGCAUUACCUUUUCUGCUACUUGAUUAUCAAUUUUACCUAAUAAGAUCCUUGAGCAUCAAACAUUUCUACAUGUAACAGACUAUAUUAUACUGCAACACAUAUCUAUACAGAGACCACAUCUACAUUUAAUUCCCCUUCUUGUAGUUGUCCUCUCCUAAAUUCCAUCAUCCCUCUCCUGUUUUGCAACUUAAACAUAAUGUAUAUUAUUUGCAGGGCCGCUCCACCCCCCCAUAUGCUCUCCCCACCAUGUGACAUCACAAUGCCCCUCCCAUAUGAUCUGCCAUAUGAGCCAACGCCAGUGCUGCACACAGUGUCUUUUCACUGAAAAGGCAGUGUGUUUACAUUAAAAAGCCUGCAGGGACAGGCUAUAGACACCAGAACCACCACAUUAAGCUGUAGUGGUUCAGGUGACUAUAGUGUCUCUUUAAUGUGAGGUAAAUUAGAGAUGAGUGCCACUAAUAUUAUAUUGGAUUGUCUACUUACCACUAGAUAAGGACAAGAGGAUGAUGAUGAUGGGUUCAGGCUGCAGUCUGGCUCCACUGGUCUGGUGUUAAAAGAGGCAGUGCUCACAAAAAUCAACUUACAGGAAGCAGCUCCAUUUUUGGGGGGGCCCUUACACAAAUCACGGUCUGGGCCCCCAGUGCCUGACCGUGAGUGUGCCUAAAUGGCCUACCCAUGAGUUUGCUCACAGGGAGUGGAGUGUAUGUGUGUAGGGGAUGUGUUAUGUGUUAUUGUAGAGGAUGUGAUGUGUGUCUGUUCUUAUGAAAUGUAGUUUAUAGGGAUACCAGUUUGUGUAAGGGAUGUAGUGCCUGUGUAAGGAAUGCAUUGUGUGUUUCUGGGUCCCUUAAUGAUCACUUCCACCGUCCCUUAGUGGUUUCGUCUCCACUUCUCCCCCUGUCCCUUAGAGGUCUCUCCUCCUGUCCCCUCCCCUCCUGUCCCUUAGUGUUCUCCCCUCCCCUCCUGUCCCUUAUUGCUCUCCCUGUUCCUUAGUGGUCUCCUAUCCCCUCCUGUCCCUUCUUGCUCUCCUAUCUCUUAGUGCUCUCCCAUCCCUUAGUGAUCUUCCCUCUCCACCUGUCCCUUAGUGAUCUCCCCUGCAACUUAGUGAUCUCCACUACCCUCUUGUCCCUCUACUGCCCUCCUGUCUCUUAGUGCUCUACACUGCCCUCCUGUCCCUUAGUGCUCUACACUGCCCUCCUGUCCCUUAGUGCUCUACACUGCCCUCCUGUCCCUUAGUGCUCUACACUGCCCUCCUGUCCCUUAGUGCUCUACACUUCCCUCCUGCCCCUUAGUGCUCUACACUGCCCUCCUGUACCUUAGUGCUCUCCCCUUCCCCCUUGUCCCUUAGUGCUCUCCCCUGCCCCAUGUCCCUUAGUGCUCUCCCCUGCCCCCCAUCCCUUAAUGCUCUCCCCUCCCCCUGACCCUUAAUGCUCUCCCCUGACCCUUAAUGCUCUCCCCUGACCCUUAAUGCUUUCCCUGACCCUUAGUGCUCUCCCCUGUCCCCCCACCCUCUGUUCCCAUAGUGCUCUCCCUCCACCCCCUGUCCCUUAGAGUUUCCCCACUCGUUCCGUUAGUGGUCUCUCUUCCCCCCCCUCCCAUCUGUCUCUUAGUGGUCUCUCCUCCCCCAUCAGUGUCCCUUAUUGCUGUCUCCCCUCCCUUCCCUGUUGUGCCUCCUUCCUCCUUGUAGCAUGGUGCGGACCGUGGUACAGGAGCUUCUGUUUCCUGUACCCAAACAGACUGACUGGAAUAGAAGCUCCUGUACCGUGGUCUGUGCUGCCCAGCCACGCUACACUGAGUGACUGGCAGGAGGGAGCGCUGUGCGCUUCCCUCUUGCUGGGUCACUUGUGUCUUGCGCCCACCCCCCAGGCUGGUGCGCCCUAGGCGACUGCAUAAGUCCCCAUAGGACGUGCCGGCCCUGAUUAUAUGUAUACAUUCUAAUCGAUGAUUCAUUGCAUUUUUCUUUUUCUGUAUGACGCUACCUUUACAAUAUGAUUUGUUUGUGGAAGGUUUUCUUGAUCCUGUAUUGCAAACUUUUUUUUGUGUGUGUGCAACAAGCCACCCACUGUUAACAGCCUUUAUAUAUAUUUUUUUUCUUUAACCUCAGGCAACAGACUUGCAAAUUGAGUUGAACAAGCACCCCAAAGAAAAGCCAGAUGUUGCAAACUUGGUUUUUGGAAAGACGUUUACUGAUCACAUGCUGGCAAUAGAAUGGAGCAGUGAGAAGGGAUGGGGAAAACCCAAAAUAAAGCCAUUUCAGAAUCUUUCGCUUCAUCCUGCCAGCUCAUCGUUACACUACUCUCUUGAGGUAAGUACAUUUUUAGACCUAAUUCCAAAUUAAGGUAGAUGCAUAGAUAUAUCUCUGCCAUGAAACUGAUGAGCUUUAAAGCAAAAUGAACAUGUAUUAUUUAUAGCUAGAUAGAUAUAGAUAAACUUCUGGGAGGGAUGAGAGAGUCAUUUUUAAAAAUGUUGACUUUCUCACACCACAGUUUUUUUUUGUUUUUUUUUUGCACCUCCUCAUUCUUGGGUUCUCUAUUACAAUCUGAGGGUUGUGCGCAAUAAUUUAGCUUGUUCAAGAACUGCACUCUUAUGCACAGAGAUCUCAGAUGUUCCACCUGGAAUCUACUGAAGCCAGUCCCCCAACUUGGGGCUUUACAUCACAACAUGGAUUUCUACAUUUCUGUAUCAUAAAAAGGAUCAGUUGCAAUAAAAUAUACAUAUGAAUUGAUUAGUGAAUGUGGCUUAUUUAAAGGAAAAGGUUUGUGACAGUUUAGGAGAGCAGUGCAGGUAAGCAAAUAACACCCUUAUGUCUACUGUUUUUCUGGGUGUGUGAGCCUCCAUUAAUGUAAUAUUCACAUUCUACAGGACCGAAUCUGCUCUUUGCACUCCAUGCUUCCAUCUUUCUUUAGAUCAAAUACUGCAUUCUUUCCUUCCCCAUGCAAUAAGAUCUGUUUGAAUAUUGGUGGCCAUACAAAGUCAGCACACUAUGUAUUGCAUGUUAUGCUGACUUUAUGUGUCCCAUACUGUUAAGAUGCAGCCAGUCACAAUUACAAGGGUCCAACUGCAAUCAUGGAGGUAGUAAACAUUUAAAUGGAUGUGUGAGAGGCUGAGCAAGUCUCUUUUCAGACUAUGUAAUUAUGAUGUUAAGCCAGUACCAGGGACCUCCUGGCACCAUACCAACUGCACUCUGAUGAAGUUGUUAUGGUGCCCAGAGUGUCCUUUUUACUAAACCAGCAUAUUUUCACGUGGAAUGACAUGACACAUGUAGAUAUCUUUUCAAAGGAUUAUUUAGUCCUAGGCAUAACAUAGAAUGUUGCUAUCCAUACAACAGAGCAUGGCCGACCCAUUGAUUACAUCUCAUUAUGAAAAAUCUACUAAUAAUAUGUCCAGUCUUUUUUAGUAGCCACUUAGUCACAAACACUGGGCAAAGUUAGCAUUUAUAUUUGUUUGUGUGUUAAAAAUGCAAAAAACUAUUAUGAGCGCUAACUUUGGCCAGUGUUUAUGACUAAGUGGCUACUAAAAAAGACUGAACAUACCCCAUUUGCAAUACCUUGGUUUGUCUUCUUUUGCAAAUGGUAUGCCAUCAUGUGGGUAAUCUUCAUUCCUGGGCUACCAUACGCUCUCAAAGGCAACAACCAAUCUGGCAAAUUUCAAUGUGUACUCAGGAGACUUCACUGAACACACUGUUAGGAGAGGUAUUGUAGGAUGCCUUGACAUCAAAGCAUCGCUGAAAUACCCUUAGAGCGCCUGGAAGCGAUCACGAUCGAUCCCAGCGCUCAUAUUUGCCGUUUUUUGUCAGACGUACCGCGGUCCUUAAGGGGUUAAUAGUCCAUGUAAUACCCACCAACCUCUGCUGCUCAUAAAUGCACGUCAUUGAUUUUCAUUGUUUCCAGAUGUUUUAUCUUCAAUUAAAUAUUAACAAGUUAUGUCUUACACCUUAUUUUUUUUUUCUCUCUAUUUUUUUUUCUUGUACUGAUGCAGCUGUUUGAGGGCAUGAAAGCUUACCGAGGACCGGAUAACCGAGUUCGACUUUUCCGACCUAUGUUAAACAUGGAGAGAAUGCACAGGACAGCGCUGAGAUUAUCAUUGCCUGUAAAUAUAUCCAGUAUCUGACAAUCCCUAUUUUUAUUAUUGCAAGCAAGCCUAUUUACUCCUGAACUAGUUUGAUAACACAUAGUCAAGAUUCCCUAAAUCUAAGCCUUAUGUUAUAUUUGAACUUUGGUGAGUUGCUUUUCUGGAAAUAUAUUACUUCUCAGUUGCUAUUAAUAUGCUUUUUUUUAUAUUGAAAUAUAUGACUACCUCACCUUACCAAUGUAGCUAUAGCUUCUCCUCUUUUAUACUACAAGUCCAGUAAUCGACAGCUUGCUGAAGAUGAUCAGAAUCUUUGACUGGCAACUUUUUCACUGUUCAUGGAGUAGAGAUUUAUAAUUACGAAGGCCCGUUGAGAGGCUUAGCAAUAAUCUCCUGAAACCUUUCAAAUUUUCUUUACUUUGUUAAUAAAUUCGGCAUCUCAGCAAUGUGCAAAUCCGGCUUUCUUUAAGAACAAAAUCUUUUGUAGUCGUGCUUCUCUUUGUAACUGAGAAUGAUUGACGUGUUGUAUUUCUUUAUUGCUAGUCAUUUGAUAAGGCAGAGAUGUUGGAGUGUCUGAGAAAGCUGAUUGAAGUCGACCAGGAUUGGGUUCCUUACUCUGAUACUGCCAGUCUCUACAUUCGCCCAACAUUCAUUAGUACAGAGGUAAGUGGAACUAUUAAGGCUUGGGUAUGUUAAAAUUGUACAAGGUCUACAUAUGUUGUAGGUUAAGCGUUUUCAGUCACAUCUGUGGCCCCAGAGAGCAAUCAGACACAGUGUCUCCUAGCAAAGGUUCCUUUUAUACUUGAAUUCAGAUGUAAAUUUGGAUACCAGAUCCAUAGGAUAUAGAGCAUAUAGACUAUUUGGGGAAUUUACUAUACUUUGUUUCAUGUUGGUUACUACAGUACGUAAGGGUCCAGACUUAAAUGGUACAUAUAAUGCAUAAAAGUGAUCAAAGCUACCCGCACGAAGACCCAAUAAAAGGCGACAUACGACAUCAAUAACACACCAACAAACCCCGAAGGAACAGACACAUGGAUUGCCCACGACCCGGAAUAAAUUCCCACACGAUGAAAGGUCAUCACACAUAACAAAUGAACCUCUACACCCACUUGAUACCCCCCCUCUCUCUGCUUCCCGUUUCCAUCUCCCCUGACACUCCAAGCUCCUCCCGAAAGGAGUACUACAAACAUAUGCCGAGCAUCAUUCAGGAAAACGGAUACAAACUAGGCACAACAACGCAACGCAUAAGCCAAUACCUGACUUGUUAAUACUGUUACAAACUGUUAUAUCUAAAACCAACGUUCCAUCCCAAUCUCUUCUUUCUGUAACCCCUUCCCCAUAAAGUACAAAAUCGAAAAACCAACAAACUAAAGAAUUUAUAAAAAAAAAAAAAGAGUGAUCAAAACUUUGCCAGUAAUGAAAAAUUUAAAAAUAGCAUACACUUGGGCUUUCAGUCAGUAAAUACGACCAAACAAAUAAAGAGUACAAUAGGACAAAAGAAACAAGGAACAAAUAAUAGUGUAAUUAGUCUUACAAAAUGUAACAUAAUUAUCGGGUACUGCUAGACAUAGAUAACGUGUGACUGAAAAAUCAAAUUUUGAUUGGAUCUGGUUAGAUUUCUUUAGGACAUUGAAACGUAAGAGAACUCACACACAUGGUUACACUUUUUUAACUUUUUUUUCCUGGCUUGAGUUAGUUAUUGAAGGUUAUUUACUUAAUUCCUGUUUUAUUAAUAUUAUUAUUAUUAUUAUUAUUAGUUUAUUUAUAUAGCGCCAUCAGAUUACAUAGCGCUGUAUUUUAUGCAAGGCAUUCUUUAAUUAGCGACUAAACAUUACCCUUGCUGACAAUCAUGAAGUCCAUUUGUGCCUAAAAAUCAUCUGUGGAGAUGCUGACACUUAGACAACAUUAACUUUGUACUCUGUAGGAUGCUUUAUUUGUCUUUUCUUAGCCAAUUUAAUUUCCUAUUCUUUAUGGUCAAUGUUAAAGGCUGUUCCACAACUGGUAGUUGAAACAUUAAACCAUUAACAUUCCUGGUAUUCUUUAGCUGAUGAUUAAUCUAGUGUAUUCUAUACUGUGCUUAAAAUAGCAAACAUAUACAUAUUUUUUUUAUUAACAUUUUUUUUUAACGAGACAAAUAAACAUAUACAUUCAAAAUAUCUUCAUAAUAAAUUAUUGUACACAGAUACAAUACAGACGUUGUUCUCUGAGAUUGACCCUGAUAUUUCUUAGUCGUUCUAAAGGAGUAAUUCAAUUUUGGAUCCUAUAAAAUUACAUACAGUACACUAAAGUCUCCUCUUACUAAUACGACAUAGUACCCAGCGAACCACAUACCAAUUCCCAUGCCGGCGGGAUUACUGGGAAAGCCCAUUUUUUAUACUCAAUUGUUCCGUGACCACUUUUGAACUGUAUACAGGAGAAUCACUCGAAAAGCGUUUGACUCCUGCAUACUCGUUCACUCAGGCUCUGCCUAACCCUCUCCUUUCAAUUUCUCCAACCAGAAGGCCUUGUGUACUUUCUUUGGAUCUCUUCCUUGAGCCCUAUCCAACUGAGCUUCCAUUCAAAGUUGAAACUUAACUUGGGAUAUCAGUCUGUCCAAGGAAAAUAAAGAAGAACUCUUCCAGUUGCGUGCUAUAGUUAAUUUGGCCGCUAUCAUGAAAUGAAUAUAAAUAACCUUCUCCUUCUGUAGUAAAGGUUCGAUGUUAAGAUGAAGUAAAGCAUUCUCAGGGAGCUUUGGAAUCGACGAACAUAAUAAAUUCUCUAAAAAAUCAAAUAUUUCCUGCCACAGUUUACCUACGAUCUCACAUUCCCACCCGAUAUGCAAAAAGGAACCCACAUUCCUCUUCCAUCUCCAGCAUGUCUGUGAACUUGAAUUAUACAUACUAGCAAGUCUUGUGGGAACGAGAUACCAUCUGUUGAUGACUUUAAACAGAGUUGUGCACAGCACAUUUCUUUGUUUAUUGUAAUAUUUAAAUCUUUCUCCCACUUUUGUGUUGCUAUAAUAACCCGAGGAGCCUCCAGUUUCAAUAUAGCAUUCAUUGCCAUAGAGCAAACUUUCUCUAUUUUUUUGUAAUUUAGAAGUGAACAGAUCAUUUUGGUAUUUUUUUACUCUCAAAAAUGUAAAUAGUUCCUUGUUUGGCAAUUGAAAUUCUUGUAUUAAUUGUGUGAAGGAUUUAAUUUUUUCAUUAUAGUACAGAUUGUCUAUUUGGAUUAUACCUUUUUGGAUACAACUUCUUAUAUGUAAGUCUUUCACGUAAUAUGGGAGUAAUUCAACUUUAAGAUUGUUUGGGAUUUUAUUCUCCAUAUUACCUUUUCUUUUUAUUACUUUCCAAAUUUCUAGUAUUGAAUCUUUACAUAAAUUAGAUUGUCUAAUAAGCUUAAUCUUCAAGUCUGUGUACCUAUGCCAAAGGAUAGAGCUAAGAUCCUUUACUUGGAAACUCUCGCUUUCUAAGAUAUACCCUUCCCUUGUUACACUAUCCAAUUGCGUUCUGUAGAUAUGAAAAAAAACUAAUUUGCAAGAUAAAUAUCUAUGAUACUUGGGAAACCCAGGCCUCCAUCUUUAAUUUUCUGAGCCAAGAGAGUUUUGUUAAUUCUAGGUCUCUUGUUCUUCCAGAUGAAAUUAUUAAUUGAAUUUUGAAUCAUAUCCAACCAAGGUCCAGGGGUUUUUAAAGGGAUCAUUCGAAACAUAUAUGCCCAUUUGGGUAUUUUAAUAAGAUUCAUUCUUCCCCACCACGUAAUUUCUAUUUUUUUCCAUUUGUUCAGUGCUUUCUUCAUAAUUCUAAAGCAGCUUAAAAAAUAAACCUACACUAUAUAUGAGGCUUUAUUUGUCAACAAAAUACCUAAAUAUGGUGUACUAGUAUUGGCCCAGUUAAAGUUAUAAUUGUCCCUUAUAUGGUUUCUACUUGCUGUAUCUAAGUUGAUAUCUAGAAUUGUAGAUUUAUUUUCAUUUAACUUCACUAAACCUCUUGACAGUUUUCAUAAGAGCAGUAAUAGAUGUGACUGGCUUAGUUAGGGUCAGUAUCAGGUCAUUUGCAUAUAGUUUUAGUUUCAGCUCUAUCUGUUUCGUAGUUAUUCCUCUUAUUUGAUAAUUUGAUCUUAUAUUUAUCGCCAAAAUCUCCAUAGUUAUAAUGUAUAGAAUUGGAGAAAGCGGGCAUCCCUGUCUUGUCCCGUUAUGGAGGUUAAACCAAUCAGCACAUAAAUUGGGACCUACUGUCCUAGCCAAAGGACCAGAAUACAGGGACAUUAUGGAUCCAACCCUGAUAACCAAAUUUCAUCAGGGAUUUACUCAUGAAUUCCCAGUCGACCCUAUCAAAAGCCUUCUCUGCAUCUACAGUCAAGAUUGUCAUAGGGAUUUCUGUUCUAUUAGCUAAAUCUAAAAUAUCUAUUAUACAUCAUGUAUUAGCUGAAGAAAUUCUUCCCGCAACAAACCCUAUUUGGUCAGGAUCGAUUAUAUUGGCUAAACUCUGUUUUAUCCUGUUUGCUAUUAUUGCGGAAAAGAUCUUCAUGUCGGUAUUUAUGAGGGAAAUUGGCCUAUAAUUUUCCACCGCUCCCAGAUCUUUGUACUGUUUCGGAAUUGGUAAUAUGUUUGCCCUCAACAUUUCCUUUGGGAAUUGCCCCCUAUCUACAAUGUUAUUAAAUACAUCUACCAGAUGUUUUAUAAGUAAAUCUCCAAAAGUUUUAUAAAAUAGGUUUGAAAAUCCAUCUGGACCUGAGGUUUUAUUGUUGUCCAGCUUUUUAAUGACCUCCUCCACCUCUUGUGCCGUUAUCAAGGCAUUAAGAGCUGUUUUUCGGUUCUCUGAUAUUACAGGAGCGUUAAUACUGUCUAAAUAUUUAUCUCCUUAUCCUGAGUUGAUAGGGAAUAUAAUUCACUAUAAUAUGAGUUAAAGCAUUUACCAAUGGAUUUAGGGGAGAUAUGUACCUCUUCGUUCCUCUUUAUUGUAGUUAUUUUAUUAGAGGCAGUUUUUUCUCUCAGCUUCUUAGUUAACAGUUUAUCUGCUCUGUUUCCUUUACUAUAUUCUUUCGGCUUCAGUUUCCCCAUAAUCUUUGCGUUUUCCUCUAUUUUUAUUUGAUUAAUUAGAUUUUUAAUCUUGGUAAUCGCUUCCGAGUUAUCUCUCGAAGGUGUUUUCUUAUUCUCCUUAGAUUUUUUUUCUAAUUUUUCUAAUAGAGGAAUUAAUUCUACUCUUCUGGACCUAUUGAGAUACGAUUCUAAACUUAUUAAACUGCCUCUUAAUGUGGCUUUAAAGAAACACCAAUUAUUAGAGUGUUUCGUUGGGUAUAUUAUCUACAAAAUAUCUUUCUAUCUGGGAUCUGAGAGCCUCUCGUUUUUUUCCCAUUAUGGAGUAGAUAGUCAUUAAUUCUCCAUGUCAUAUUAUUUUUAGUAUUCCACUGAUCUUUCAUGAUGCAUGUGUUGAUCCUAUGGUCCGACCAUGUGUUAUUCCUGAUAUCACUUUUCACUAAGUUUUCUAGUGCCCUUAUAUCCCCCCAGACCAUAUCGAUACGUGAAUAUGAGUAAUGGACUCUGGAAAAAAAAGUGUAAUCCAGUUUCUCUGGGUAGGAAGAUCGCCAUAGAUCAAAACAAUCAAACUCGUUCUUUAUGUUUCUAAGAGUUUUCGCCAUUUUAACUACUGAGUUGUUCACUUGCAAAUUAGGGCUAAGUUUCUUAUCCAGGACUGAAUCCAACACGGAAUUAAAAGCUCCUGCCAUCAAAUAUACUCCACUCUUGACCAAUUCUACCUGUUCCAAAAUCCUUCUCAGUGUGACCACAGGAAAAGUAUUUGGCAAAUAGAUGUUGACUAGAGUAUAUUUAAUUUUGUUUAAUUUACAAAUGAAAAUUAAAAAUCUACCUUCCCUGUCCACAUAUUGAUAAAUAAAUUAAAAUUUCGUACUUGCCACUAUUAUGGCCACCCCCCUUUUUUUGCUAUCACUAAGAGAAGCCUGAAACAAGUAAGGAAAUCUUUCUUCUCCCCCCCCCCAUUUUACAUUGUCAAUCAGUCAAAAAACAUUUUUUUUUAACCCCUUAAGGACACAUGAUGAAAAUAUUCCGUCAUGAUUCACUUUUAUUUCUGACGUUAUGUCUUAAGGGGUUAAUCUAUCCUAUAACUCUGUUUAAUGUUUCAUUGACGAUGGAAUUAAUAAUAUAUUCCAUUACCCCUCUGGCACUAAAAAUGAUACAAUAUUGCAGUAUACCAUUAUGAGAAUCAGCUUCCACCUAUUUAGUCUUUUUACCCCUUAAGGACACAACUUCAGAAAUAUAAGGGAAUCAUGAUGGAAUAUUUUCGUCAUGCGUCCUUAAAGGGUUAAGCCUUAACCGGCCUCUGGUCCAGUUUGUUUUAUCUGUCAAGACCCUCUCCAUUGAUCAAAGUGUUUUUCCUUCCUCUUCUAUUUUUAUGUCCAAAGUCAUUUCUAGCCAGUAUUUCCAUGUUUUAUUAUUGAAUCCGUGUCAUCUCUCACCAGGCCAUAAGUGAAAUGCUUCAAUAGUAAUUGGCCUUUGUCUUUCAGGGACAUAUUGUAACUUGGUACUGUGCAUUUAAAAAAAUCUAUUUGCCAUGUGUGGGUUUUCUAUAAAGGCCAGGUUACGUGUGUAGUUGAGACAAAAAUUUAAGAUAAACUUUGUAAAAAAUAUGGUGUCCAUUCUUUUACAGCCUUCCCUUGGAGUCGCAAAACCAAACCACGCAAUGCUGUAUGUUAUCGUUGGACCUGUGGGGCCGUACUUUCCAUCGGGUGGCUUUAGUCCAGUUUCACUUUUGGCUGAUCCUAAAUAUGUGCGCGCCUGGGUUGGGGGUGUAGGCGACUGCAAAGUUGGUGGGUAAGUAAAUUCCAUGAUUAAUAAAUAUAAUAACUAUAUGUUUAUUGUGAGCUAGCAGGAGUAUGGAACAGAGCAGAUUAUAAUCAGGAAAUUGAUGUUGAGUUAUAUUCCUUUUUGCUACCAAAUAAAUCAAUGUAAUAUUUUUCCCAUAAAAAUGCAGUUUCCGAAAUGGGGUGCUUUGUUUCUAUUUCUACUUCAAUUUGUACUUUUUAAUACCCUAUUCACAAUGUGUUGUUUUAAUUUUUUUUUUUUAUUCUGCCUGUACAGAAACUAUGGUCCUACAAUAUAUGUGCAAAAUGAGGCUGCUAAAGAAGGUUGCCAGCAGGUACUGUGGCUUUAUGGUGAUGACCAUCAGGUGACUGAAGCUGGCACAAUGAACUUCUUCUUAUACUGGAUCAAUGAGCAGGGAGGUAAGUCGUAGACGUUAAAAUGUGAUGUUAAAGAAAAUUUAAAAAAAUUAUAAAUCCAUAGAACUCCAUUAACAAGAAACAAAAAUGGCAGAUGCUUAAAAAAUGACAAAUUGAUGCUGGCCAGAUGGAGGAGAAAGGUCUGUAAACAAAGAAAAAACGGGGCAGUUUGCCAAAAAAGCACCUUGCUCCUUCGGAGUACUCAAAUCAUUGCUGAUUUAUUAAUAUGAACAGCAUCGUCACGAGGAACUGCACCACAGGGGAGAGCCAAAGUCUAACGCUUUUGAGACUCAAAGGGCCUUACUCAUAGGAAUAGAAUUAUGUUUUUUGGUUUUUUUUAGCAGCCUGUUAAGUGUUUUCUAUGUUAAAAGUACAAGUGACUUGAUGUGCUGUACUCACCUCUGAGUUUUGUAAGGUAAAGUAACAAACCUAUGCCAUAGACUUUGAAGAGAAUAUGUUCCUCAAACUCUAAAUACCAAAUUGUGAAUUCAGUCCUGUAUACAGAACAUGUAAAGCUGGUUAUUCACUAUUAAUCCUAGUAUGGAUAUGACUUACUCACAUAAUUUUGAAAACAUGCCUCAUGAAGGUGCCUUGCACCCGAUGGGGUAUCUGUUUUAAAACCUUUUUUUUCUUACCAUUAGCUUACAUUUCUACAUACGGGCUGCUACAUAUAUGUUUACUAGUGCAGCAUAGAAAGAGACAAAUAAUUUAAGAACUACAAUCCUCAUUUCAUAUAAAAUAUGCAUUUAGCUCUUAACUUGUUUUUGAAAAUGGGUUAGCCUUAAAUGUAUUGGGUAGUGUACUGCCUUUGCAGUGGGGAAAAAAAAACUCACAAGAAAAAAAGAAGCCAUGUUUUCACUUAAUAUUCUUUAUGGUGGGCCAGUGAAUAUCUGGCUAAUAAUCCUGUAACCUGCAAGAAUUCAUACUUAGUGCUCCGAGUUUUCCUCUCUCAUUCUCCCUGCCUGGUUUCUUGAAUACAGCUUCAAAUUAUGACUUAAAGGGACACUAUAGACCUAUAUAUAUAAACAUAGUUACAUAGCUGAAAUAUGUAUAUAUAGUUCUAUAGCACCCCUAAAAUAAACAAAUUAUAGUUACAAAUAUAAGGUCUCCAAAACAAAUCACAUGUAGCCAUAUAUUAUGUAGUGAUUAUAGUAAGAAAAAUGAAAUGAAAAUAAGUACCCUGUCAAAAUUGUGCUUCUGGGAAGAGAAAAAAAUUGGAAAAACUUGCAGUGCUCACUGUAAAAAUAACAAAUUUAUUAAAGGAACAUUAUAGUCACCAAAACAACUUUAGCUUAACGAAACACUUUUUUGGUAAAUAGAUCAUGCCCAUGCAGCCUCACUGCUCAAUUCUCUGCCAUUUAGGAGUUAAAUCACUUUGUUUAUGCAGCCCUAGUCACACCUCCCUGCACACCUUACCUAAACACUUCCUGUAAAGAGUUAUCUAAUGUUUACACUUCCUUUAUUGCAAAUUCUGUUAAAUUUAGGAUUUCUUAUAUCCUGAUGUGCUAAUAGCUUGCUAGACCUUGCAGGAACCUCCUGUAUGUAAUUAAAGUUCAAUUUACAGAGCAAGAGACAAAAACUUUUUGAGGGAAAUUAUAUCCAGUUGAAAAUGAAACCAUUUUGUUUUCAUGCAGGCUGUUUCAUUCACAGCCAGGGGAGGAAAAAAAGUGAUUUAACUCCUUAAUUGCAGUGAAUUGAGCAGUGAAACUUCAGAGGCAUGAACUAUACACAAAAACUGCUUCAUUAUCCUAAAAUAGUUUUGGUGACUAUAAUGUCCCUUUAAAGGAACAUUAUAGGAUCAGGAACACAAACAUGUAUUCCUGACCCUAUAGUGUUUAAUCCACCAUUUAGAUGGCUUGUCUCCCCUUAGCCCUCUUAGUAAGUGGUAAAACUUUAUUUCCAGCACCCCCUAUAUGCCUCCUUGGUGACAUCAUCAGAAUUGCCGAUUUUUAUCCAAUCCAAUGAUUUUCAAGGUUUUGCUGAAAUCGGCAAGGGGUGAGGGUGGGGCCACACACCGUUUUGGCCAAUCAGCACCUCCUCAUUGAAUCAAUGCAUCUCUGAGGAAAAUUCAGUGUCUCCAUGCAGAGCGUGGAGACUCUGAAUGGCAGUGCUGCCUACUGUGCAGCACUUCCCAGGAAGCACCUCCUGUGGCCAUCUGAGGAGUGGCUACAGGAGGUGUCACUAGAUGGCAAUGUAAAAUGUAUCUCUGAAAUGGCAGUGUUUGCAUGAAAAUGCCUAGAGGGACUGACUUUACUCACCAGAACAACUACAAUAAGCUGUAGUUGUUCUGGUGACAAUUGUGUCCCUUUAAAAUGUAUUACCUGUAUUAUGUGAGACAUUCUGUAAAUGUUUUCAGUACACUUUGAUGUAAGAAAAAGAACUAUGAUGAUUGUAGCCAAGAAGAUGCUUAAAUCCCUACUAUAGGCACCCAGAACACUUCAGCUCAAUGAAAUGGUCUGGGUGCCAGGUUCCCCAAGUUUUAACCCUGCAGCUGAAAACACUGCAGGGUUAAUCCAGCCUCUAGUGGCUGCCUCCCUGACAGCCACUAGAGGCCGCUUCCACGAUUUACACUUUGAGUAAGUUGCAUAUAUGUGACGCUGGACGUCCUUACGGAGUCCGGCGUCAGAUAAGAUCCCCAUAGAAAAGCAUUGAGUAUUGCUUUCCUAUGGGCGGGAUUGAAUGCGCGCGCCUCUGGCUGCACAUGCACAUUUCGCUCUACUCGGGAGCUGAUGUCGGCGGGGGAGGAGAGGUCACCAGUGCCGAGGGAGCCUGAUGCUGGAUUAAGGUAAGUGUCUGAAGGGGUUUUAACCAAGAGCUAUAGUGCCAGGAAAACGGGUUUGUUUUCCUGGCACUAUAGGAUCAAUUUAAAGAACAUGAACCUUCCAUCCAAUCUCUACUUCCCAAUACUAAUAUUAAUUCCAUCUAUUCCAGAUUGUAUAGAAUUGAUUACAGUGGUUUGUUUUUUUGUUUUGUUUUUUUGCUUGUAAAGAUUUUGUAUUUGUUUUACAGUUGAAAUAGGUAAUUAAUAGUUGCUUUAUAUUGUCUUUAUACAGAGGAAGAGCUUCUGACCCCACCACUUAAUGGUUUAAUUCUGCCAGGCGUGACAAGACAGAGUUUGCUGGAUCUUGCAAGGCAGUGGGUGAGUAGAAGACCUGUACAGUCCCUUUUUCAAUCUGCUUGAUGGUUGUCACGUAAACAGUGUUUGUAAAUUAAACAUUUCAUGAAUUGUAUGAAAAAUGGAAAUAAGUAAAUACUGUACUUAUUUGAAGUAUGGGUUUGUCAAUUAUUUAUUGCAUUUUAGUUGUCUAUUGUAUUUAUAGAUCUUCAAUUAAAAGUUGCCAUUUUUAUUUAAGAUGAUCGGUAAUUUGAGACAGAAAAAUGUAAAUGUUGUGUAUUAAAGGAUUUAAGAGUUCACGAACAUAAGAACCAAAAUACCUUUUUUUUUUUUUUGUGUGUGUAAAAAUGUCAUCCAUUGAUGUGGACAGUCAAUUCAUUUGUCUUAAAAGAACACUCCCAUCCCAAUAACAACUUUAGCUAGUUGUUAGCGGGGCAGGAAUAUCUGGGCACCAUGUUACCUUACAGGAUUAAGCUGCUUUGCAAUAGUCAGCCCUGAAGUUGGUCCUCCGGUGCCUGACAUAGUUCUCUUCCAGUAUCUUUCCCCUCUGCCCUCUCAGAAUGAAGAAUGUUUAACAAGGUGUAAUAUUUUGAGUGCAUUUGCUGACCAUCUUCGCUUAUUAAUGACCACCAUAUAGAGAAUUAGUAUACACUAUCUCAAUGAGCUGAAAAUUCUAAGGAGAUGUCCAUGUUCCUUUAAAAUACCACCAUUUUAUACAUUUAUUUCUAUAGGAAAUGGAGUGUGCGCAUACCAUGGGUGUAAGAUGGCACGUAGGUUUUGAGAAUUUUUUUUUUGCUAGGAAGUCUUGACACUUCAGUUCUAGUGUUAUUGACAGUUACACACCACUCGAGAUAUGUUUGCUUUCAAAAAAUAUUUAGAAAAGGAAUCCUUGCUAGGUCCCUUGGGCUCAUUACUUGAAUGUUCCCAUGCCCCUCAGGCAACAAUAAAAUAAACACUGCUUCUUAACCCUUUCACUACGGAGCACUUUUUAAUUGAAAAAACAGCAGCAUCACAUUUAUUUGAAGCAAGGGAUGCAUAGCUAGCAUAUAAACAUAUUGUAACACAGUAGCUGGGUGAAUAGGUUGAUUUGUAGACAAACUGAAAAAUUGAAAUGAUGUAAAUUUACAAAAAAAUUUAACUUAUUCAUUCAUCCUUCAUAAAUAUAUCUAUGAAAUGAACAGCUUUAGACCGUAAACUGUGUUUUUUAGCUUGCCAUAUUUCACACAGAAUCUGAAAUGCAAAAAAGUAACAUACAGUAGAUGGGACAACAAUUGGUAAAUAAAAGUGGUCAAAAACCUUUGUUGUAGGUAUUUUUAAGGACCAUGAAGGCAUUACUUGAAAUGGCUACAGAAUGCAAAAAGAAUGUCUUCAUUUGAGCAGAAUGUGCACAUAAAGUAAAUACAGUCAGUCAGAGCAAUAUUUUUCAAUCUCUAAACUGCUACUGUAAAUGGUAGAGUCCAUACACUACUUCCCCCUCCCUGACUGUAAAGAGAAAACAAUCCAUUUAAACGUCCUGUACUAUUUGAAAGCAGAGGGUGAGAUGGCAUUUUUUCAGCAUGUUUACAGGCAGUACAUCAGGGACUAGUGGGUUCUGGCAGAUGGAUUAGUUAAUCUACAGGGCGGUAAUAACCAGGGUAUAAAUUAGGGUGAGUGAGAUUGCAUGGACUAAAUUUUAUACAGCAAAGAAAUAUGAAAACAAAUAUUUUUACUUGUUUUUGGUAUUGACGAGGUUAAUAAUGUGGUUUAUUUAAAUAGCCCCAGAAAAUUGACCCGUUAGUGACAUUGUUUCAGCAUUAACAUUACUGAUUAUGAUUAUCACCUAGCAUUCCCGUAUGUCAAGCGUGUUUUAUUUGAAUGAAUUUUUUGUUUAGUUUUACAUAUUGUGUAGCGCUGCAGAAUAUUUUGCCAACAUAUAAAUAAUUUUAAUAACUGUUGGGAAUUCAAAGUGACUUACACAUUGUAUUCCGAAGUAGACAUAUUGGAGACAUUAUUACAGUCCGACAGUUUUGUUUCAGUUACGUUUGUCCAAAGGUAUGAAAUACACUUUGAAUUUCCAUCGAGUCACCCUCUAAUGAGUAAUCUUGCCAAUAUGUCUUUGUCAAACCUAGACUAAUGCAUAGCAUAAAACUAUUACAUUACAGGUAAGACAAUGCAAUUUACAGUGAUAUUAAUAAACACGUUUUCACCUGGAGCAUUGUUGCUGGGUUACUUCUGCAGAUUAUACUGACUUGUACACACAGAUAUUGGGUUAGUUUGCGCUCGUAUCAGAUGUCAUGUGACAGGAAGUCUAAAUCUUUGUUUUGUCAUCAAAGAUACAUUACUGUUUGAUACUUAACGAUUUAAACCAAAAAAGUAUACUUGAAUAAAGAAAUACAGAGUUGUGUAAGAUGAUAAAACAUCAAUUACAAACUGAAUAUGUUUCAAUGGCUAGGUAAAAUAGUAUUUAAUUUAGAAAAUAAAAGUUAAUUUGUGUUUACAUUUGACACAUUCAUAAAGCGAAGCUAUAUAAUAGCAUAUUUUAACAAUGUAUUUUUGCUUGGUUUUUAUUCACUAAACAAUUAGUUGUGAUUUUAAUCGACAAAGGGAUACAUUUGGUAAUUCCACUGGUUCAAUAUGAAUAGGCCACCUAAGUAUUACUAUUUAAUUUUCUUCCCAGGGAGAUUUUAAAGUAUCCGAACGCACAGUUACUAUGGCUGAUGUCGUCAAAGGGCUGCAAGAAGACAGAGUGAAGGAAAUAUUUGGAGCAGGGACUGCAUGUGUAGUGUGUCCUGUGAGUAGGAUUCUUUAUAAUGGAACGGUAAGUGUGGAUGAUGAAGGAAGUUUAUUUCGAUAUGGGUAUAGACCAGUGGUGCCCAAAAGGUAGGUUCCCAGAUGUUGUAGAACUAAAACUCCCAUGGUGCUUUGCAUGCCUUUGGAAUGAUUUUGAAUGACAAAACAUCAUGGAAGCUGUAGUUUGAAAACAUCUGGUGAAUCUAACUUUUGGGCACUCCUUGUAUAGACUAUGCAAUGUAUACCUUGGGAUGGCUAAAUCUUUAGAAAAUGUAUAGGUAUAAUUACCUGUGGAUUGCUUCUUGGCAUGGCACACUAAAGUGGAAGGAGUGGCUGUAACUUUAUUAGUUGCUAAUCAAAUCACUUCUGUUGUAGCCAACCUAGAUUUAUCUUUACCAAUACGCUGAUGACCUACUGGUAAAUCCCACAAGGGUUUAUAAUACAUAUCUAAACUACACAUUUGCCUUUUUGCUCUUUUUCUAGAAUUAUGCUAUACCCACUAUGGAGAAUGGACCUGAUAUCUCUAAGCGUUUUCUGGCAGCACUUACUGACAUUCAGGUAGGUACAACUAGUCAUAGGCAAGCUGUUGCUUAUAGACUUCAGGUAGAAAUGAAGAAGUUCCAGGUGAACAGAAUGUAUUUUUGUUGAACCGAGUGUUUGAAUUGACUUUUAAAUUAUUCCGUAUGACCAAAGUAUACAUUACAUUUAUUGAAAAAAUGUCUAGGAACAAGGCACACCUAAGGUGCAAGAAGUGUUAUAUACUUUGUUUAUUUAUAAAGAGCUUCUGUGAGCAAUCUUGUAACAACAGUUCAAUCCACAUCAGAGUGCCAAGCUUUUCAUGGUGAAUAGCUCACAUUUAGAACUUUAAAUAGAGCCCUAAAUAUUUUAGAACUUUGAGCAUCUGACAGCUGAGAAAAAAGAAUGCUAAAACUUAAAAAUUCACAAUUCAACCUAUUUCAACUAUCUAAAGAAAAUAAAUGUAAUAUACUUAACAAGAACUUUACAGAUUACAGAAAACGUUUGUUUUAUAAUUGAUUUUGCUGCGUUUUACUUUAAAUGCAGAUGCAAUUCUGAUAGUAGGCUCUAGAGGGCGACAUUGAUCAGUGCAUUCUAUCAUUGCACAUUUUAAACUCUAUUUAACACUCCAUAUUUUACACUGCAUUGUCUUCGAAAAUGUCCCAGUCCCUAUGUUUCCAUGUUAGAUUAUUUUAGAACACAUCGUUCUGAAUUAUGAUAACAUUACUUGUAUAGGCAAAAGAUGACUGAUUUUUAAAGCGGUUCUUGAAACUUUAAAGCUAUCUUGCAAUCCCCUCUGAUAUCACCUUAUAAACUGAAAUUAACUUGGGCUUCCUCCUAUACUCUCACACAAUGAGAUUGGUAAAAGUCUUUAGGGACCGAGUGGGUGGGCAUCUCUCCCAUUAUCUUUGCAUUAUCCAAUACUCAAGGUUUGGGGAUAUGAUGGAUCAUUGUACAGAUCCUCCCUAAUAACUAAUAGGUACUGGCAACAACUGCUAUUCUAUAUCAACCCCUCACCCACCACUUAAUGAGGAAGUACUAGAAGGUGUGUUCCAUUGUUGUAAUGAAGUAAAAGGAUUUCUGCUGUGUGAUAUUGUCCAUUGCCUGCUACACUUUUAGUGUGGCUGCAAGGGAGAAGAACACAUUUUGUUUUUUGUUUUUCCCCUAAGGUGUCAGGGGGAAGCCUAUUAUUUUACUUAAUUCUUCAUCCACAACACGUGUAUAGGACGGAAUAGGAGGGAAAUUGGGGCUCUUUUGUGAAUGUGCAUGAAUUAUUAGAGAAAUAUAUAUAUGUGUGUAUAUGUAUAAUUAAGCCCUUUGAGCACCAAUUUUAUGCAAAUUAUGUGUUAUAGUGACAGUCCUGCCAUGUGAUCUUUAUCGUUCAUGUGAUUUUACUUUAAUAAAUUCACUUACAUCCUUUUUCUCUUUGCAGUAUGGUCGGACUCCCAGUGAUUGGGUUCAUCUUGUUUGAAAUCCUCAGGACAUCUGUCAGAUCCUUCAUUCCAAUACGUUACAAUCAUGAAUCUCUAGGAUUUUAUUUAAGACGGUUUUAUUAAGUUUUUCUAAGGGCGAUCAAGCAGAAGAAAAAGGAAAGGGUUCUACCUCAACUUUCAAGAUAUCUUCUAAUCUCUACUCCGCCUUACUUUAGUAUUCCAUUUUUAAUGGUUCUUGAAUCUGACUGACAGAUGGUCUAUCUGUAAUUUAAUAUGUAUUAUAUGGUUUGAAAAGUAGAUUAGAACCUCCAGUGAAAUGCAGUACAAGCACAUGAUAGUGGACUAGUGGUUAAACCUAGCUCUGUUUUAUUAUUUUGUUUACUGUACACUCCAUACCCAACUUGAAUGAAUAACACUACCAAACUAUAAUCUGCAAUAAGCCUCCCCAAUAUUGCUAAAGAUGGACCUGUCUGUAUGGCUCACCAAGCUGCGGGAAAUAUAUAUAUUUUUUCAAUAUUCUUUACACCAGUACUUGUCAAACCUGUCCUCAAAGGGCUACCAGUGGCCAGAUCUGGGAUGGCCCCACAUCGUCAUCCUCUGUCAUCUAUAUAUACAUUUUUUAGAACUUUUAUGAUUGUGUGUGCAUAUUUGACUCCAUUAUCAUGGAGCCAAAUAUGCCUAGUAGCAUACAUCAUGGUGUUUUUUUUUCAUUAUAUAGUGCUUUCACUGUAAUUCAGACAUAAACUCAAACUGGACCAUCUGUGGUCUUUGAGUUCUGGUUUGUGAAACACUGUACUGUUAUGUGCAGAUCACAGGAUAACCCUUGGUGUCAACAUUGACUAUUGAAAGAAAUCCUUGUCAAAUUGACUAUCCUCUCUUAGUAUUUCCACUUACAGAUGUAAAUUGCAAUCUCAAUGCAGUUGUAUCUUGAAAACAGAGGUUUAUGAUAUAUUCGUAUUUAAAAGGGAAACUAAACCCUUUCAUUGAACCUGUUACAUAUUUUGUAAAAUCUACACUUCUGUUUGUGUUUUUAAGGACAUCUUAGAUUUAGUUUUUUGUAGUGUAACGCCUGUGACCAUUGAAAAAGCUAAGAAUGUACAAUCCUCUUCCUGACACUCAGGUUAUUUGCUGUCUUCCCUCUAUGUGAAAUGAAAGCUUUUGGUUUCUCCUGAAGGAGAAUUGCUCAUCUUAUGGCUCACAAUAAAAUUCUAAACAGGUGCUUGUCAAUGUGAGUUAUUACAUAAUUACAAGUACUGCAUAUAAUCUACAGAUACCAGGCUUUCAAGGCUCUCUGUGUACCACCAAUGAACAUGGUAAGGCUGUACAUUUUUCAGGUCUCUCACACUGCCAUGGACUUGUCACCAAAUUUCUGCUUUCCGCUUAUCUCUUUCAGAUCUGGGAAAAGGCCCGUUAGAAAUAACACACAGGACAACACAAUGUAUUUUAAUCAAGCCUUUUAUUUUUCCUUCAAAGCAAAGGGGAUAUAUAGAUUUUUAGUCUAGGCGCAGGUCUGUCCAACCUGCGGCCCCCCCAGAUGUUGCUGAACUACAACUCCCAUGAUUCCUUGGCUGUCUUUUUAAUUGAAAGAAUCAUGGGAGUUGUAGUUCAGCAACAUCUGGGGAGCCGCAGGUUGGACAGCCCUGGUCUAGGGUGUUACACUUUCUUUAGCCAAUCACAGAUUGGCACAGUAUUCUUUGUCACGUAUAAUUCUGUAUGUUGGAAUAGAUAAGCGAGCCUGCUCAGCAUAACUCAGGCUGUGGUGUAAUACGUGCUCUGCAGGGAGGGAAGAGACCCUAACUAAGCAUUUUAAAACAUUUCACUGAGACAGCUAAAAAGUCUUUAAUCAUUAUAUAUAAUUUGAUACAUCAAGCGGUAACCCAAGCAAUAAACAUGACCCCUUCACACAUUCAAAUAAUUUAUUGACAAGUCCUCUGUCAGUUGUGUAAAAUUAUAUUUAAAUUUGAUUUGUAUAUUAUUUCCAUUAAAAAAAAAUAAAAAAUUAAUUCAGACUUGUUAGUGAUCACAGACAAUCUGACUGCCUGACUAAUGGAAAUUAAUUUAUCCAUAUGUUGCCAACAUCACAUCUGGUAAGUCAUCAUGGGUUUUGUAGCUUCAUGGAGGUCUAGCUUUUGGCCACCCUUGACUUACACAAAUCAAGAAAUUGUAGAUAGUUUCUUCCAAUUUAGAACAUGGAUUUUACUUAUAAAUAUUUUCCAUACACAUACAGUUUGAGAAUGUAUUUUCCCUAUAUCAUGCAGAAAUACAAUCAGAUUAUGUGUGAUCACUACUGGGUUGUAAUUACUUGUUUCGGAAGGAAAUAAACUUAAAAUAAUAUAUUUUAUAUAAUUGCCUGGGCACUCUUCAUUAAAUGCCAUUUCUGUCUUCCUGUGGCAGUCUGGUCCUGGGUUAGGAUUUAAAGUUGUAAUGUUUCAUUACCAUGCGCAUAUAGAGUUACAUAGUUAUUUUGAUAAUUGUGUGACAACCUACUUCUUUUUUUAUCCUUAACUACUAGCAGUCAUUUUUUGAGAAGAAUUAAUACUUACUUUGAGUUCCAGCGUUCAGUAGUCACUGUAUAGUUUUAUUGUGUAAAGUUAUGGAUUACGUAACUUUAUUAAAACUCCAUGGCUAAGCACCACCUUAAAAUUAUGCCAUCUCUUUAAAUUAUUAUUAUUGUCAAGUUGGUAUAACGCUGAGUUGCCUGUUAGAGUUCAUGUGAUCACUGAAGUUCUCAAUGAUCAUAAAUAACAAAUGACAAGCAUUUAUAAUGAAAAAAAAAACCCACUCGUAUCCAGUUUCUGAUAGUUGAUGACCAGAAACACCAAAUUUGUUUUCAUUCUUUACAAUGAAUCUUAAGGCAAUAGUAUAAGAUUUUUUUUUUUAACAAAUGUGAGUUCAUAUAUAUAUAAAUGAUUGAUAUAGAGGUCUAACUAGAUUGCUUUGUCAAUUACUUCUGUGUUCUCACAUUUACAAAACCAAACAGCACUGCAAUUGGAUCUGGCUUAGCAUAAUUACAUCGUAUCACAGGGCCUUAGAAAGUUGUGUAGAUACAUUUUAAUUCAUUAUUACACUUUAUCAUUUGCUGGAAUUAAUUCUCACAGGUGUUGUUUGCAACCUCAGUUGUAGGGCCUUUUUCAUUACAUGUAAUCUAGAUUGCGAGAAACUCAAAAUGGCGGUGUUGAAGUGUUUAAUGAGAUUUAUGUAAGAUAUGUAUUUUGUUACACUUGGUAUAAUUUUAUCCAUGUGCUCCCACUCUGCAGAAUGUGCUUACCAAAACUACUGUUUUACUUGUAAGUUCAAAGACCUCACAAAAUAGCUUAUAUUUACAGUUACGAUUACUUGGAAUACGCUUAUUCAUUAAGCAAAACAUUGCAAAUAAUUUGCUAAACUACGUAAAAAUAGUAGAGCCAGGUAAAAAUUAAAAUUAUGGCAGAAUGUUUCCAACCCCUCUAUGUUCGUGUUAACAUUUGUAAAUCAUUAGUUGACACAUUGUUUAGUAAUUAUACCACAAUUGAGACGAAUUAUGAAUCUUCCGAACAUUCUUGACUAAUCUCUCAUCUUGCGUGAUGUGAAGACGUGGAUUUACUAAGCGAUGACCGGAAAGUGACAUUUCCUGUUGUAUUAUUAUAAAGCCUUUACAAAGACUUGAAACAAGGAUUUAUAGAAUGACAUUGCAAUCUUUAAUAGUCAACUGCUAUCCUAGUAUUCAUCCUGUAUUGGUUUUACAAGUUUGUCAUGUGUAGUAUUUUACUUUACGUCUGAAUUGUAUGUUGUGACAAUGAGCAUUGAGCAUACUGACCGAAUUCUAUUUACUCUAAAAUGUAUUUAUUUUUUCUCCAAAUUUAUACUAUGGGAUAGAACCAUCAGUAAUUCCAAUAGAAAUUAGAGACAGGUACAUUGUAGUAAAACUCCAAUUCAAGUCACUAUCCUCAUUUGUAGACACAAGUAUUAUAUUGAAUAUUUAUUUUCUGAAUUUUCUACUCUGGUCUGUUGAAAACGUACUAUAAAACUAAGAAAUCAUUUUAUUUUUUACAGUUUUUUUUCUUAGACAAAUUUCAAAUGUUCAUGAUACAUUAUAGCAAUAUAAUUUUGAAACCUUAUGAAACUAAAUUAGUAAAGCUAGGCUCGACAUUUUUGGGAAAAAAAUGAAUAUGAAAAAGUAAAGCUGUAAGAUCAAACAAAAAGGAUAUUGAAAUGGUUAUAUUUUAAGUGUGUUAUUAGUUUUCAGUUUUAGCUAUUUGUGUUGUAGACCUCCAUCGUGACAAAAUAUGGCAGCAGGCCGGUUUUUGCUGGAUAUUUUACCUAAAAAAAAAACAACACAUGAAAUUAAGUUGAUGGUAAUAUAUGCCUGAUAGACACUGUUCACAGCUUUUCAACUGUGAUUUUCAACUUUUUUUUGAAUGUUGCAUGCAAGCCAAGUUUUACAUCCAGAAAUAUCUAUUUCGCUGGCAAUUGCAUACAUAUGUACACAUCUCUUCUCCUUUUUUAGUACGUGGAAACGCUUAUAUUCCCCUGGCGUUGUAAUUAAUUCUGUUUUUCAAAUUACACUAGAAUUCUCAGCUUAACGGUAUUCAUUGAAAUAACAGGUAUAACUUUGGAAAGUCGCAAACUUUCAACGGUGCAACCUGUUGUACAUUCUUUGCUUUACUUCUUUGUUGGUAACAAUUAUUGAAAUGCACAUGUUCAGGAUUGUACUUUAAAGGUCAUUAUUUAAUA